ACCUGUUCCUGCUUGAUGAAAUAUAGUUCAAAUGGUCCAGUCCGACGUUCCAUGCACGAGAAAGCAGUUGAUCGUAGAAAUAUAAACAAGGAGCACAACAGCAACUUCAAGGCCGGAUAUGUUCCUAUUGAUGAAGAGAGAUUGCAUAGGACAGGAUUGAGAGGUCGUAAAGGCAACCUGGCCAUUUGUGUAAUUGUCCUUAUGUUUAUCCUUGCAGUGAUUAAUUUAAUUAUUACACUUGUUAUCUGGGCAGUAAUUCGCAUUGGUCCCAAUGGCUGUGAUAGUAUGGAGUUUCACGAGGAAGGAUUGCUACGGUUCAAACAGGAAUCUGACAUGGGCGUGGUAUAUCCCAUGCACAAGAGUACUGUAGGAGGCAGAAGAGAUGAAGACUUGUUAAUCACUGGCAAUAAUCAACCAGUGGUGUUUCAGCAGGGAACAACCAAGCUCCGUGUAGACAAAGAUAAAACCUCCAUCACUAGUGAUAUUGGAAUGUCGUUUGUUGAUCCCCGGACCCAGAAGACUGUAUUUAGCACUGACUAUGAUACCCAUGAGUUCCAUUUACCCAAAGGUGUGAAGACACUGAACGUACAAAAGGCAUCCACAGAGAGGGUAACAAGCAAUCAUAGCACAGAUCUUCAAAUUCGUGCUGGUGACCGUGUGAUUGUGCGUGGGAAUGAAGGAGUCUUUAUCAUGGGCAAAACCAUUGAAUUUCGCAUGAGAGGUGAUAUGGAUCUCAAGGCUGUAAACAGUAUUAUUCUUAAUGGCACAGUGAUGAUUAAUACAUCACGGCUUCCAAGUCCAUCAACAGGAGAAUUCCUAGUAGAGGAUGGGUGGGAGCGCUAUAAACUCUGUAUGUGUGCAGAUGGAACACUCUUCAGAGUCCUAGUGAAAAACAGAAAUACAGGUUGUCAAACAUCCAACAAUCCCUGUGGAAUCAUGCACUGAAGAUGAAAGCCUACCAUGUACUGAGAAAUGAAGGGAUUGAUGAUUGUACACUAACAUUCAUCUCAAAAAAAAAUUGCAGCCAGUUUAAUACAAAAUAGUCACUAUUCAUUUAUUUUAGUUACUGUCCUUUAGAACCAAAGUGCCUGAUUUAUUUUACCCAUUACAAUAAGAUACAAGAGUUGCAUAGUUUAUCAGCAGUUUGAACAAUGGCCUUUUGUUACAAACAAGAAAUAUUCAGGAAAUAAUCAAACUGGCAGGAAAAAGUCCAUGUAGUACAAUAGAUAGAGUUGAGAAAAAUAACGGUUUUCAACCAUAAUUAAUUUUAUGCAAUGUUAAAAGUUCCACUUCAACUCAAAAUAUUCUUAUACCAUUGUCAGUCAACAAAAAUUUAAAUACAUUUAAUAUUGAGAAUGCUUUCAAAAUAUAAAACUAGCUUCACUUCGUCAUAUUUUUAAAGUUUGGCAACUAGCAUCAUGCAUUGACCUCGUUAUAAAAUCCAUAAUGAAGUAGGUAGUUUAUAAUAAUUGUGGAAUUGGACUAGGAUUUACCCUUUUCCAGGACAUGUAAGUGAGCAAUACCAUUGCUUUGAAAGGUUAGAAGUGAACUUGUCUUUAAUACGAAAUAAACAUUGCCAAAAACCUAUGCAUCAGUACCUUGUGAUCAAAUGAUAAAUCUAUGGGGAAUAUUUUAAGUUGAGCUAAACAAAUGUCUGACCUUUAAAGCACACUUUGACUUUUGGUUUAUUUCUGUAUUUCACAGUGCAUUCACUGCACCAUCUAACAAUUUUGUUUAUAGAUGUUAGUUUUCUGUAAAAACAAUGGAAAAUGAAAAUAGCAAAAUCAAAUUUAAGGAUGAGAUUUAGUGCUACUGUUACUAAAGGACACAGGCUUAAGAAGUUGGUCAAAAUAUUUUGGAAUAGUGUCAUCCUGAUGUCCAUGUUUGACCUCAUCUAUGUAAAUGACUUAAUUCAUACUGCAUUCAAGCUGGGAACUUGAAGUUACACUAACGAAUAUGAACAAGCAAGAAUGCAAAAUGGGAACUAUAUGCUGAUCAAUUUUUGUUUAUAUACCUGCACCAUGAAUGUGUUAUUUUCAUAGUCGGUCAUUUUUUUGGAAAAAGUCACAAAACAGAUUAGUGUCCCUAUGGCUGAGUCUCGACAAAAAGUCACUAAACUCAGAUUUGCAUUUUGUUUUAAGCAAAUGUAUUUUAGGCUUUGAGCUUGAUGCUUGUUGAUUAGACAGCUAAUGUAGCAAAGAGUUACGAUUUAGGAAUCACUCCUGAGUAUUGCUGAACAAAAGAGACAGGUUACCAAAGCUUUUCAUCUUCCACUCAAGACCAAGACAUGAAACAGUAUCAAGAGUUUGUAUUACUGGGGUAAAAAGGUGCUGAUUGGUUGGCACAUUACUACAGCUGCUUAAUAGUGUAAUUAUUAUGGAGUAGAUACUUUAGGAAGAUUACAGUCCUUGGGUGCAUAUUGCUCAUUGGAUAGUUGAAAAUAUGCUGUAUCAUUUGACCCAAUCAUUGGAAUUUGUAGCCUACAUAUUGAAUGUAUUGUCAACAUGCUGUUUCUGGUAUAAAUUGUGACCACUUUAAAUUUGACAUUCUUGCAUUUGUCUGGAGUGCAAGAUUAAAAACUUCAACAGUAAGUCACUUUAAUUCAAUUCAUUCAUGGAAUGUGGGUGCCUCUGGCUAAACCAGCAUUUAUUCCUUAUCUCUAAUUGUCUAGAGGGUAAUUGAGUCAGCUGCUUUGCUGUUGGUCUGGAGACACAUGUAAGCCAGACCAGGUAAGGAUGAUAGCCAAGGAGUAAAUUCCUACUGAUGCUGAAAUCUGAACUGAAACAAAACAAUGCUGGAGGUCACAGUGGAUCAGGCAGCUUACAUGGAGAGAAAAGCAAGCUAACCCUAAAGGAUAUUUUGAGGGCUUAUUUUCUGAUAGUUAACUCAUGGUCAUCAUUGGACUCUAAAUUCCAGAUUUUUCUUGAAUUCAAAUUCCACCAUUUGCCCUGGUGGGAUUUAGAUGAGUGUCCCUAGAUCAUUACCCUGGGUUCUCUGGAUUCAUAGUCUUGUGAUAACACCAGUAGGCUGUCACUAUUCCUUUAAGCAGUAUUCAAGUCAUGUGCUACUCUGACUAUAUUCCAGAGUCUGACUAUUCUUCAGUAUUGCAUGUGUAUUCUUAAAUAAAUAUAGCUUUAAUAGUGCUUCUUUACUAUUCCCCUCUCAUAGACCAGUUUUAUACUGACCAUGGUCAUAUUCAGAAACUAGUAGAAUAAUGAUCAGCUGUAACUUGUUAUUGAUACCAAGUGUUCAAAGUAGCUGAUUAUUAUAAAAGUUUAUUAAUAGAUCAAAUGUUUGAUCAUACUUCCAGCAGUUUUUAUUGAAUUUUAAUCAUUUCAAAUUGCUUUACAUCUUACAAUAUAUUGUAUGAGGUUUUUAGCCCUAUAUAUUUAUGUAUCUAAUUUAAAAGUGACAAUGUUGCAUGAUGCAAGGAAUUCAGUUUUAAACAGACAAUGACAUGGAUUGCAGUUAGUGCUUAAAUUUACCACAUACCCAACCUUUUCUGCAAAUACUGCAAUAUUUCUUCAGAAGUUUAAAGACAAAGUUUGGACAUUACUGCCUCUUCAGUAGUCUUUUGAAAUAGUUUUUACUUGACUUUUCCUCCUCUUCCUUUUUAAGAUGUUGGGAGCUGAAUUGAAUGACUAAUUAACCAAAAUAUGUUUGUUUUAUUAAUAUUUCUGCACAAACUCAGUUAUUCUGACAAAUAAAAGAUAUCCACAUCACCCUUUUUCAAAUGCUUAAAACAAUAAUACGUUUUUGAAGUUUGCUGAUUUUUUAAGCAUGCUGAACUACAAGUUUUCAAUGUCAUUACUGACCACUAAGGCAAAUUUGACUUCUGUUCCUUCUCGGUCUUUAUGAUGGUAGGAAUCCUUUUAUGAAUGCACUUAAUGCUGUUGUGUGUUUUGUUUAAUAAAUACUGCUUGGUUGAAUAACA